GUCAGGCAGUAGAAGGGGCGUCUCUUUUGGGGUAUUUCUGUAAGAAACAGGAAGAGAAAGAUGACGGUUCAUAACUUGUACAUCUUUGAUCGUAACGGAAGCUGUUUGCACUAUGGGGAGUGGAACCGCAAGAAACAGGCCGGCAUCUCCAAGGAGGAGGAGUUUAAGCUGAUGUAUGGGAUGCUGUUCUCCAUUAGAUCCUUCUGCAGCAAGAUGUCUCCCCUGGAUAUGAAGGAUGGUUUCUUGACCUUUCAGACCAGCAAGUAUAAACUGCACUACUAUGAGACAGCUACUGGCAUCAAGAUCAUAAUGAACACAGACCUGGGAGUUCCCAACGCCAGAGAGAUACUGCACCAGAUAUACAGCACGCUGUAUGUAGAGUACAUAGUGAAGAAUCCUCUGUGUGUUCUUGGGGAGCAGCUGUCCUCUGACCUCUUCUCUACUAGACUGGACCUCUACAUCCGAGCCCUGCCGUUCUUCAGCCCCCGCGCUGCAUAACACACACACACACACACACACACACACACACACACACACACACACUGGGGGGUUGUCUGGGGGAAGUGAGGGGUGUAAUCAUGUAUUUAUUUGUUAGUAACAUGUCAGAAUGUUGGUUGUUGUCUUAAAUAGAACCAUUAAACCUGAACAACAUGA